UCGUGUUGCUGAUGUUUUCAUGGAUGAACUUGCAUAUGAGGUUACUCGACACAAGGUGGAAAAACAUCAUAAAGUAGACAGAGGUUGUCUAGUAUAAACUCGAGCUGCACGUUGAACUGUGUUCAGAUCAAACACAGGGAGAUGACAAUGACAAUGGAAAGAGUAGUCGAAGAAAAUGGCAAGACGAGAGGGGAUGAUGAGUACACCGAAGAUGGAACAGUUGACCUCAAGGGUAAUCCUGUGUUAAGAUCAAACACAGGGAGAUGGAGAGCAACCUCCUUCAUUGUAGGGUAUGAAGCAUUUGAGAGGAUGGCAUUUUAUGGAAUAUCAACAAAUCUAGUGCUGUAUCUCACAAGAAAAUUACAUGAAGGCACCGUGAAGUCUUCAAACAAUGUCACCAACUGGGUUGGCACUGUCUGGCUGACACCCAUUCUAGGUGCCUACAUCGCGGAUGCUCAUCUUGGCCGUUACUGGACUUUCAUCGUUUCAGCCUUCAUCUAUCUUGGGGGCAUGUCCUUGCUGACACUAGUAGUUUCAUUAAAAUCUCUCCGGCCACCAUCAUGCGGUGACAGUAUAUCAGACGUGGACUGUGACAAACAAGCUUCCCCUUUUCAAGUGGGUAUUUUCUACUGUGCAUUGUACAUAAUUGCACUCGGAACUGGAGGGACAAAGCCCAACAUCUCAACAAUGGGUGCAGAUCAGUUUGAUGAAUUUGAGCCAACAGAGAAAACCCAGAAGAUAUCAUUCUUUAAUUGGUGGGUCUUUAGUAUCUUCUUUGGCACACUUUUUGCCAGCACCUUCCUGGUCUACAUACAAGAUCAUGCAGGCUGGGGACUUGGAUAUGGUCUUCCAACAAUCGGACUCUUUUUAUCAAUAUUGGUCUUUCUAGCAGGCUCGCCUUAUUAUAGGCACCAACCUGCAUCUGGGAGCCCAUUGACCAAGAUGGCUAGAGUUCUUAUAGCCACUAUUAGAAAAUGGAAGUUGGUUGUCCCGGAUGAUCCAAAAGAACUACAUGAGUUGAAUUUGGAUGAAUAUUCCAAACCUGGAAAGUAUAGAAUUGAGCACUCUCCUUUAUUGAGAAUACUAGAUAAAGCGGCUGUUGUGGAUGGAAUGAGCCCUCAUUGGAUGCAAUGCACAGUGACUGAAGUUGAAGAAACAAAACAAAUGGUAAAAAUGGCGCCAAUCUUAUUAGUAUCAUUCUUACCUAGCACACUGAUAGCUCAAGGACAUACACUCUUCAUCAAGCAAGGCACCACUCUUGUUAGAAGCAUAGGUCCUCAUUUCAGCAUUCCCCCGGCAUCUCUUGUAGCAUUCAUAACAAUCUUUAUGUUGAUCACUGUUGUGAUCUAUGAUAAAUUCCUGGUUCCCACACUUCGAAGCUACACCAAAAAUCCAAGAGGGAUCCCAAUGCUGCAAAGAAUGGGAAUAGGCCUAGUAAUGCAUGUCAUCAUCAUGAUCAUUGCUUCAGUUUGUGAAAGGAAGCGAUUAAACGUCAUUAAAGAUCAUGGCAUUACAAAGAAAAAUCAAAUUGUUCCGCUCAGCAUUUUCAUAUUACUUCCUCAGUAUGCUCUGAUGGGGGUUGCUGACACAUUUUGGGAAGUGGGGAGACUUGAAUUCUUCUAUGAUCAAGCUCCAAAAAGUAUGAAAAGCUUCGGCACAGCCUAUUAUACAACUAGCUUGAGUAUUGGGAAUUUUCUAAGCAGUUUUAUUCUAACAGUUGUGUCUGAUUUCACUAAGAGGGAUGGUCACAAGGGCUGGAUUUUGGACAACUUGAAUGUGUCUCACUUGGACUAUUUCUACGCAUUUUAUGCUGUUUUGAGCUUUAUUAACCUCUUGUUUUUUCUUCUGGCUGCAAACUUUUUUGUUUACAACAAAGAACAAGAUGAUGCUACAAUAGAAUUGGAAAAUGUCAAGAAUACUUCUGAUACAAAUGCUUUCUUCAAAGAUGUAAUAAUGUAGUAAGUACUUUUUCGACAAAGAUAAAAAUAAGAGAGACAAAGUUUUUUGUCGUCUCGGUAUCAAGCAUUUUU